AUGGGCCGUUUCAUGACCCUUGCCCUCGGGCUCCUGGCCGCCUCUCCCGUACUCGUCGCAGCGGUCGCCGUCCCCGUCCCGACGCCGGCCCCUGUUGCCCCCGCUGCUGCCUGGGCACCCAUUGCGGCCCGCGGCGUCGACUGUUACUUUCAGGCCGGCGCCGACGACAACACCACAUGCUCGCAGUUCGCCGGUGAGUGGGCCUUGACUGUCGCCGAGUUUCAGGCCCUGAACCCGGGCGUCGUUUGCCCGAACCUCAACAGCGAUACGCUGUAUUGCGUGAGCGGCACCGUCACUGGCAGCAGCAGCUCAGGCGCCGUCGGGCCCCACCGCAGCAAGACCUCGGUCAGCUUCGAACUGCCGUCGGGGUCCGGCGGGCCCUCUAGCUUCUGGACGUCCUUCUCGCGCAUCCCGUCCGCCACGUCCACCACCUCGUCCACCACCAGCUCCUCGUCUUCGAUUUCGUCUUCGUCAUCGAAAGCGGCAGGCCCACCGGGGCCGACCCAGAGCGGCGAGGCGGCAGACUGCACUAACUACUACAAAGUCGUCAAGGGUGACACGUGCCCUAAGAUUGAGGCCGCAUACGGCAUCAGCGCCGACCAGUUCGCGUCGUGGAACCCGUCGGUCGGCGCCGACUGCCGGGGCCUGCUCGUCGGACGCGCCGUGUGUGUCGGCGUUCCGGGGGCGACAUCCUCGAUCGUGAGCGUUGCGCCCAGCUCGACGUCCAAGUCCGCGAGUGCUUCUCCCUCGUCGAGUGUUCCGUCGGGCGUUCCCUCGCCACUGCAGCCUGGUACUUUUUCGAACUGCACGUCUUACCACAAGAUUGUAUCCGGUGACACCUGCUCUGCCAUCGAGGCGGCCGCCGAUAUCACCGCUGCGCAGUUCGCGUUCUGGAACAGCGGUGUUGAUAGCAGCUGCUCCAACAUCGAUGUUGGCUACUACCUCUGUAUUGCCGGUGGUGGUGACACUGGCCCGUCCUCGGGCGCUCCAUCCCCACUCCAGCCUGGUACUCUCGACAACUGUACGUCCUACCACAAGGUCGUCUCCGGCGAUACGUGUGGUGCGAUCGAGACUGCCGCAGGCAUCACAGCUGCGCAGUUCGCCGCGUGGAACUCGGGUGUUGACAGCACGUGCUCCAACAUCGAUGUCGGUUACUACCUUUGUAUUGCAGGUGGCGGUGACACUGGCCCGUCCUCGGGUGCUCCGUCCCCGCUACAGCCCGGCACCCUGGCCAAUUGCACGUCUUACCACAAGGUCGUCUCGGGCGAUACAUGCAGCGCCAUUGAGACUGCCGCAGGCAUCACGGCUGCGCAGUUUGCCGCGUGGAACUCGGGUGUCGAUUCCACCUGCUCUAACAUUGAUGUUGGCUACUACCUUUGUAUUGCCGGUGGCGGCGGUACGGGCUCCACAACCGGUGCUCCGUCCCCGCUCCAGCCCGGCACCCUAUCGACAUGCAAGACCUACCACAAAGUCGUCUCCGGUGACACUUGCGGCGCCAUUGAGAAGUCGGCGGGCAUUUCGGCCGCAGAGUUUGCCGCCUGGAACAGCGGUGUUGACAGCACGUGCUCCAACAUCGACAUCGGUUAUUACUUGUGUAUCGGUGGUGGCCCUGCCGUGUCGACGCCAACCACGCCCUCGCCGCUGCAACCCGGCACCAUCUCCACGUGCAAGACGUUCCACAAGGUCGUCUCUGGUGAUACUUGCGUCGCCAUUGAGAAGUCGGCCGGCAUCACGGCAGCACAAUUUGCCAAGUGGAAUACGGGUGUGAAUGCUGAGUGCACCAACAUUGAUGUAGGCUACUAUGUUUGUAUUGGUGCUUAA